UUGACCGGCUCCGGCUCGUGAGGACGCCGUCAGUAGUCCAGUGAGCGAGUCCGGCCGGUGUUGGAGCCCGGUAGUGCCCACAGUCCACCCCUGCCAAAGACGAGACGCCAUGGCCCUGGAGAGCAGCCAGAACCUUCGCGGCGCAGAAGACCUAGCCUCGCUGCGCCGUCAGUUUGACCUGCUGGACACUGACGAGGAUGGCCACAUCUCCCCGGUCCACCUGACCAACGUCCUGCGCAGCAUCGACCUCCACAUCACCGACACCGAGAUGGACGAGGUCAUGGCCAAGACGGAUGUGGAUGGGGACGGCCUGAUUACCUUCGAUGACUUCCGGAACGCACUGGCCCGGACCCGGAUGGAAGAGGAGCGGCUGUCUGCCUUCGAACGCGACCAGGCUCUUCGGAAAACAUUCCAGAUUUUCGACCGCAAGAACAUGGGCAUGAUCGGCCCCAACGAGAUCUGGGCAGUCCUGAAAAAUAUGGGCAAGGACUUCAGCCUAGAUGAGAUCGAGGAAAUGGUGGACGAGGUGGACGAGGACGGCAAGAACAGGAUCACAUACUCAGAGUUUGUCCAGCUGGUGAUGGGCGAAAACUAAGACGUCCCGCCGAUCCAGCACCGGAAUGGCGAGGUGGUCCGCGGCCAUACCACGGCAGGACCGGAGCGCCGGGCGUACCAGCGGCCAUACGGGCCAUCACUGCUAAUGUCAGAUUAUGUCUAUUUCCCAUAUGUUUAUCAUCUGCAUCAUUUAAGACAGCUCCAGCGGGUGACGUCAUCAGUCCGCCCCUAUUGGUGGACGUGCUAUGUUAAUUCUAUGUUUGUGAGCAGACUCGAGAUUGUCAAAUGUACAUCAUAUCAUGAGUGUGUUGAGAAUAGACAGAGCCAGUAUCCUAACGAGCCAGUAUGGUUUCAACCCCGUAUCAUAGAAAUCGGCGAAACGACUUACAUAAAAUAUUUAUCAUACCAAUUACCCCGCUUGCUUUGUCGAUUUCUAAACCAAAAACGGAGAGUAUGCUUUCGUUACAUGUUAAAUCAUUGCGAUCACUAUCGGAAUGUGUUCGAAAACGCUCUCAGUUUCGCUGCCAUAUCAAGCUAAAUAUUGGUAAUAAAUAUUUAAUGACAACAAUGAACAA